AUGUCGAUUUUCACAGCGCCGCAUCCUCCGUACGAUCCCACGGACAAGUCAGGAUUCUCAUACGAAACCGUGGUCAAGCGCUGGCCGAUCAUCAUCACCGGGGUGAUCGACACGCUACACCAGGCGUGCCACCAGCUCUCGCUGCAAUCCAACUUGAAUGCUGGCACCGACUCGAGCGCGGAGGUGUCGAAUGUGGAUGUGCAAGAGAGUACUCGGAAAAAGAUUAAGGAGGCCACAGGGAUCAUCGAGAAGUUGAGCAAGCUCAAGUAUGAGAUGGCGAGGGACAAGCCUUUGGUCCUGAUCCCUGACGACGGCGAGCCCCACGUCGACACAUACAAUUCCGAGCUUGCAGCACUCGCGAAGGACAGUCGGGAUACUUGGUUUACCGCCCCAUGGCUGUUUGCAGAGUGUUACCUAUACCGCCUCCUCCGCUCUUUCUUCGUCCAAACGGAUCACUGGGCGUCGAUUGACCCGUUCCAGGAGCAGAAAAUGAAGACGUUCGCGCAGUCCGGGAAGGCGAUCUAUCAGAUUGCAACGACAAUGCACGAGCUGGAGGUGGAUAGGGCUGCGCUCCGCGCCGACCCGGAGAAGCUGGGCGUGCUCUUCAAUGAGAUGAUCCAGAUGUGUCUUUGGGGCAACGCGACGGACCUCUCCCUCCUCACGCACCUAUCACAAGAAGACAUUGCGCAUCUUCAAUCAGUCGGCAAGGAAGCGCGGGCGGCGCGCUCGAAGUUCAUCCUACGAGGCGAUGAAGAUGCAGUGUGGGCGCAUAUAAAGGGAUUGGAGGGCAAGGAAGAGGCACAGAAGAGGGUCGAUUUCGUGCUGGAUAAUUCUGGAUUUGAGCUCUUCACCGACUUGGUCUUCGCUGAUUUCCUAGUAACGUACACGCCGUACGUCACCAAGGUAGUCUUCCAUCCUAAAUUGAUCCCAUGGUUCGUCUCCGAUGUGACACCACCCGACUUCAAAACAACAUUCGACGCCCUGGAAGAUGCCUCGUCUUUCUUCUCCUCACCCACCUUCUCCCCAUCCGACUCAGAAACAACGCACAUGCACACGAUGGUGUCGCGAUGGCAGUCGUACCUCGCAAGCGGGGUCUUCAGCCUCAGCGUGCCUGUCGAGACGCCUCUUGGCGGCGGGGGAAAGGACGACGAGGAGGUCAAGGCGGCGGAGUUCUGGACAUCGCCGUAUCCUUACUGGGAUAUGCGCACGCGGUCCCCGGGCGCGUUUGAGAGCCUUCGAGGGAGCGGUUUGGUUAUUUUUAAGGGAGAUCUCAACUACCGGAAACUUACAGGUGAUGUCGCCUGGCCGGCAUGGACGAGCUUCAACGAAGCUCUAGGCCCACUUGCAGGCUCCUUUCCUCUCCUCAGUCUACGUACAAACAAGGCGGACGUCGUCGUCGGUGUGGAGAAGGCGGUGGCCGAGCGCCUGGACGCCCGUGGAGAGAAGUGGCGUGUUGACGGACGAUAUGCCUUGAUAUCAUUCCUGGGUCUGUCCGCAGGCGUGACAAACUGA